AUGGGGCCGGCGCGGCGGGGCGGGCGAGAGGCGCAGGGCUCCCUUUGUGGCCGCGAGACGCGCCCGCCCGCGGGGCCUGCGCUCCGGGACGGGUGGCGGGCGGCAGUUGGAAGCCCCUCGCCUGCUGCCCGGGUCGCCGCGGAGCAGCGCUACCCACAGGGCUGCCUCCCCUUCCCGCAUCCCUCCCCACGCCGCAACCAGCCGAGCACUCCCAGGGCGAGCAAACGCAUUAAAGAAAAGGAAAGCGAAGCACGAAGGCGGGGAGCAGCGGCGAGCACGUACCCGGGCGGCGGCGGCGCGGGCGGGCAGGGGCGACGCUGGCAUGGCUCGGCGCGGCGAGAGCGCGGAGAGGAGCGCGGGGGCGCGCGCCGCGCCGCGUGCUCCCGGCCCGGCUUCGUGUCGCCCCUGGCCGGACCCUCCGGGGGGAGCGGCUCGGCCGGGCGCUCGCCGGGACGGGCCCUCGCGGCAGGCGGCAAAACGCGCGCUGGAUCCUCGCGCCUGGAGCGGGAGCGCCGGCCGCGCCAGGGCCCCGCCGCGGGGAGCGCCCGAGCCGCCCUCCUGCCACGGGGAAAGGGCUCUCCCUUCCUCCUUCCCCAGGCUCGGCUACCAGAGUUUUUACGUUUUUAUUCUUGGAAAGGCAUUGCAGGGUGCUGUGCCAAAACAACUAUUGCACCCCUGGACCGAGUCAAGAUUUUGCUGCAAGCUCAUAACCACCAUUACAAACAUCUAGGAGUGUUUUCUACGUUGUGUGCCGUCCCAAAAAAGGAGGGAUACCUUGGGCUAUAUAAAGGAAACGGGGCAAUGAUGAUUAGAAUCUUCCCGUAUGGUGCAAUUCAGUUUAUGGCAUUUGACCAGUAUAAAAAGGUAAUAAAGAAGCAACUUGGGAUUUCAGGACAUGUACAUCAAUUAAUGGCUGGAUCUAUGGCAGGUAUUACAGCAGUGAUUUGUACUUACCCUCUUGAUAUGGUUAGAGUUCGUCUGGCGUUCCAAGUAAAAGGGGAACACAAGUACAUGGGAAUUAUCCAUGCAUUCAAGAUGAUAUACACAAAGGAAGGUGGUUUUCCGGGGUUCUACAAAGGUCUGAUGCCAACUGUUGUAGGAAUGGCUCCAUAUGCGGGUUUUUCAUUUUUUACUUUUGGUACCUUAAAGAGCAUUGGACUUGCUCAAGCACCUAACAUGCUUGGACGGCCUUCGUUAGAUAAUCCUGAUGUCUUAGUUUUGAAAACACAUGUGAAUCUGCUGUGUGGUGGCAUAGCUGGAGCGAUAGCUCAGACGAUAUCAUAUCCACUUGAUGUAACUCGUAGGCGAAUGCAGUUAGGAGCUGUUCUCCCAGACUCUGACAAGUGCCUUACAAUGGUGCAGACGCUGAAAUAUGUGUAUCAACAACAUGGAAUAAGAAGAGGAUUGUACCGUGGUUUAUCUCUAAAUUAUAUUCGCUGUAUUCCUUCACAGGCCGUGGCUUUUACCACAUAUGAACUUAUGAAACAAUUCUUGCACCUCAACUAAAAUAUUUUUCAAAUCUUACUGUAAAGCUACACUAUCAAUCUUCAAACUAUAUUUGUGAGUCAAUUACUUGAAAUUUUCAAAAACCUCUCUCUUACUGUGGAACUGCUGUUGUCUGACAGCUUAGUUUUAUUUGCCAAAACAUGGUUAAUUUCCUGGAGUCAAACCAGGAGAUAGAUCAGCAUGAAUAGUAGUUAGCUAUAAACUUUUUUCUUGCACUUGAUCUUCUAAGCAUCCUUAGAUUAAUAUUUAGAAUUAUACAGUUUUACAAUUAUGCCCAUAUUUUAUAUGGGUUACGAGUUAUUAGUUAUUUAGCUUUAUCACCA